GCGGUCUUUUAGUCAUGAAGGUCGUGUUUGAAAUGUGACAAAUUUUUUGUACAUAAAAUGAUUCAAAAAUUAUGCAAUAUUAAUGGAUUUUUCAUAAAUAUUAUCCGUAGUAAAAGUUAUAAGCAGGGAAGUGUUUUAGAGUCCUAUUGGAAUAAAAUUCGUGAUGGAGAAUUCACUCUUGAUAAAAGUCAAUUGAAACUUAUCGAGAUCCUAGAUGACUUGAAAGAACAAUCAAGCUCUUACGUUGUAACCAAACCAAACGUAUUUUCUAAGUUAUUUGGAAAGAAGAAAGUAGAUGUUCCAAAAGGCUUAUAUAUUUAUGGAUCAGUGGAGAAAUUGAAGGAUGACAACUACUCUUCUUGGUGCAGUGAUAUGAAGUUUGCUCUCAUCGACCGGAAUCUAUGGAAUAUCGUCACUGGAAAAGAGACCAAGCCCGAAAUUAGCACGGAUUGA